CCCCGCCCCCGCCCCGGAAGCGCUCCCCGAUCCUCGGUUCCGGUGCCCGCGGGAGGCGGCGGCAGGACGGGAUCUGCAGUGAGGUGCAGAGAGCUGCUGCAGCCCGGAGCUCCCGCUGUUCCCUGGAGAGCCACCGACAUAGCGGGAUAAAAAAGGCUCUCAAUCAAUCCCAGGGACCUGCUGCUGGCUGGGACCACCAUGACAGACUCCAAGUACUUCACCACCACCAAGAAAGGGGAGAUAUUUGAGCUGAAGGCUGAGCUGAACAGCGACAAGAAGGAGAAGAAGAAGGAGGCUGUGAAGAAGGUGAUCGCCUCCAUGACUGUGGGCAAGGACGUCAGCGCUCUCUUCCCGGACGUGGUGAACUGCAUGCAGACAGACAACCUGGAGCUGAAGAAGCUGGUCUACCUCUACCUGAUGAACUAUGCCAAGAGCCAACCAGACAUGGCCAUCAUGGCAGUGAACACCUUUGUGAAGGACUGCGAGGACCCAAACCCGCUGAUCCGGGCUCUGGCCGUGCGGACCAUGGGCUGCAUCCGUGUGGAUAAAAUCACGGAGUAUCUCUGUGAGCCCCUGCGGAAGUGCCUCAAGGACGAGGACCCCUACGUGCGCAAGACGGCCGCCGUCUGCGUGGCCAAGCUGCACGACAUCAAUGCCCAGCUGGUGGAGGACCAGGGCUUCCUGGACACCCUGAAGGAUCUCAUCUCCGACUCCAACCCCAUGGUGGUGGCCAACGCAGUGGCGGCUCUGUCAGAAAUAGCCGAGUCCCACCCCAGCAGCAACCUCCUGGACCUCAACCCCCAGUCCAUCAACAAGCUGCUCACGGCCCUCAACGAGUGCACUGAAUGGGGCCAGAUCUUCAUCCUGGACUGCCUGGCCAACUACAUGCCCAAGGAUGACCGGGAAGCCCAGAGCAUCUGCGAGCGGGUGACGCCGCGCCUGUCCCACGCCAACUCCGCCGUGGUGCUCUCGGCCGUGAAGGUGCUGAUGAAGUUCAUGGAGAUGCUUUCCAAGGACCUGGAUUACUAUGGCACGCUCCUGAAGAAGCUGGCCCCGCCCCUGGUGACCCUGCUGUCCGCAGAGCCCGAGCUGCAGUACGUGGCUCUCCGCAACAUCAACCUCAUCGUGCAGAAGAGGCCUGAGAUCCUGAAGCACGAGAUGAAGGUGUUCUUUGUGAAGUACAACGACCCCAUCUACGUCAAACUGGAGAAACUGGACAUCAUGAUCCGCUUGGCCUCCCAGGCCAACAUAGCUCAGGUGCUGGCAGAGCUGAAGGAAUACGCCACGGAGGUGGAUGUGGAUUUUGUGCGGAAGGCGGUGAGAGCCAUCGGCCGCUGUGCCAUCAAGGUGGAGCAAUCAGCCGAGCGCUGUGUCAGCACCCUCCUGGACCUCAUCCAGACCAAGGUCAACUACGUGGUGCAGGAGGCCAUCGUGGUCAUCAAGGACAUCUUCCGCAAGUACCCCAACAAGUACGAGAGUGUCAUUGCCACCCUCUGUGAGAACCUGGACUCCCUGGAUGAGCCCGAGGCCAGGGCUGCCAUGAUCUGGAUCGUGGGGGAAUACGCCGAGCGCAUCGACAACGCCGACGAGCUGCUGGAGAGCUUCCUGGAGGGAUUCCACGAUGAGAGCACCCAGGUUCAGCUCCAGCUGCUCACGGCCAUCGUGAAGCUGUUCCUGAAGAAGCCCACGGAGACCCAGGAGCUGGUGCAGCAGGUGCUCAGCCUGGCCACACAGGACUCGGACAACCCCGACCUGCGGGACCGGGGCUACAUCUACUGGCGCCUGCUGUCCACGGACCCGGUGGCCGCCAAGGAGGUGGUGCUGGCGGAGAAGCCGCUCAUCUCGGAGGAGACGGACCUGAUCGAGCCCACGCUGCUGGACGAGCUCAUCUGCCACAUCGGCACCCUGGCCUCGGUGUACCACAAACCCCCCGGCGCCUUCGUGGAGGGCGGCAGGGGCGUCGUGCACAAGAGUUUGCCCCCGCGCACCGGAUCGAGCGAGAGCGCCGAGAGCCCGGACACGGCUCCCGCGGGGGUGCCCGCAGCGGAUCAGCCCUCGGUGAUCCCCACGCAGGGGGACCUGCUGGGGGACCUGCUCAACCUGGACCUGGGUCCCCCCGUCAGCGGGCCACCCGUGGCCACCUCCUCGGUGCAGAUGGGCGCCGUGGACCUCCUCGGGGGGGGCCUGGACAGCCUGAUGGGGGACGAGUCGGAAGGGCUGCGAAGCGAUGUGGGAGGCAGCCCUGCUAUGGGUGGUGGCAGCGGCGGCUUCGCUCCAGCUCCCGGCACCGCGGUGCCCUCAAACACGGGGGCACCCCUGGGCAGCGGCCUGGGGGACCUCUUCGACCUCACUGGCGGGGUGGGGACCCUCUCAGGAUCCUACGUGGCUCCCAAAACGGUCUGGCUCCCUGCCAUGAAAGCCAAGGGGCUGGAGAUCUCUGGCACCUUCAGCAGGCAGGUGGGCUCCAUCUCCAUGGACCUCGUGCUGACCAACAAAGCCCUGCAGGUCAUGUCUGACUUCGCCAUCCAGUUCAACCGCAACAGCUUUGGCCUGGCCCCAGCAGCUCCUCUCCAGGUCCACGCCCCACUGGCUCCCAACCAGUCCGUGGAGAUCUCCCUCCCCCUGAACACCGUCGGCUCCGUCAUGAAGAUGGACCCCCUCAACAACCUCCAGGUCGCGGUGAAGAACAACAUCGACGUCUUCUACUUCAGCACCUGUACCCCCUGCACAUCCUCUUCGUGGAGGACGGCAAGAUGGAGAGGCCAGAUGUUCCUGGCCACUUGGAAGGACAUUCCCAACGAGAACGAGACCCAGUUCCAGAUCAAAGACUGUUCCCCUCAACCCAGAUUCCCGUGAGCAGCAAACUCCAAGGCAGCAACUACAUCUUCACCAUCGCCAAGAGGAACGUUGAGUGCCAGGACAUGCUCUAACAGUCCCUGAAGCUCACCAAUGGCAUCUGGGUGCUGGC